GUCUCGAGACAGUCUCACAGUCACUUAGCCCAGAGUGUUGCAGAUAGAACAUUAGAGCUAUGGAGGUCUUCAUGGAGGCAGCUGCCUACCUUGAGUCACAGCAUAUUCCAGUGGAGGCUGUAGGUGAGCCAAGUCCUGAUCCACUGCAGGAGGAUGUGUUCCCAGAGGAGGAUUUGUUCUCCCCCCACCAGACAGACAGCAUAGACCUGCCCGACACCCCCGUCCUGCGUACCCCUGUAGAGAUGCUGGAUAGGAGGCUCAUGGUACUGAGAACUAUCCUGGACAGUGACAGGAUCUACCUCAACGAGCUGGAGACACUGCUGAUGCCUAUGAAGGCUCUAAAGGCCACAGCAGGGACGUCUCAGCCGGUUCUGUCCAGCCAACAGGUCCAGACUGUGUUCUACCAGGUGCCUGAGCUCAGAGACCUGCACAGAGACUUCUACACUGGCCUGAGGGACCGCCUGGGGCACCUGGAGCCACAAGCACACCCAGAGACAGACAAGGGGCCCGGGCCAGGGCUGGGAUUGGAGCAGGGGGAGGAGAAAGAACAAGGCCAAAGCGGCUACCAGCUAAUGGUUGGAGACCUCUUCCUAAAGAUUGUGAGCCAGCUAGGUGUGUAUCGUGGAUUCAUUGAUAACUAUGAGAGUGCUGUUGAGAUCGUGAGGAGGUGUACUCAGACUGACCAGCGCUUCAGGAUACUGGCCGAGAGUAUGAUGUCUCAUAAUGGAUCAGACAGAACUAAAACAAAAUACACCUUUGAGGCUCUCCUGUACAAGCCUCUGGACAGAAUCACCAAGACAACCCUAGUGCUGCAUGACCUGUUGAAACACACUCCCCAGCAGCAUAGUGACCACCCCAUGCUGCAGGAGGCUCUGAGACUGUCCCGGGGCUUCCUGUCUGGGGUCAACGAGGGAUCACAGUGCAAACGAGAGGUCACCCUCAGCAGAGGCAUGCGGCGCCAGCUGAUUCGUGACGGCUUUGUGGUGGAUGUGUGUGAGGGGGGGCGUAACCUUCGCCAUCUCUUCCUGUACACUGACCUGCUGCUGUGCACCAAACUCAAGGGCGGUGCCCAAGGUAAGCAGCCCCAGUACAGGUUCUGUUGGUACCUGCCUCUGGCUGGACUGAAACUCCACUGGGGACCAGAGAUGGAGCUCACCACAGACACACACCACCGCAUACACGCCACGAGAGCCAAGAUGUACCUGCUUAGACACGAGCUGCGACAGACAAUGAAGCCUGUCCCACAGAAGUGCUUGGCAGCUCGUACUAUAGAGCGAAGCAGAUGGAAGAAGAUGGAGCAGCUUGAACUGAUGAUUCUGACACACUCUCCUCUCCUCCCACUGGAACUUCACAGCCCCAGCGGAAAGGCACACACACACACACACACACACACACACACACACACACACACACACACACACUCUCUCUCUUACAAGCAUGUGGGUGUUCUUUUUCAGAGCCACACUCUGGUGAUGUCAUCUCUGUAUGAACUAGAGGAGUGGAGAGAGGCCAUCCACAAACUCACCGGAGAUAACAGAGAAAUGGUUCCUCCAGACCUGCUCACCCUAACCAGCUCCUGUGUCAAACUGAGAAUGACCCAACAGCCUCCCUUUCACAGCAUACUGCCUGGUGAGGAACAGUCUCUAUGUGGGACUCUUAGUGUAGCCGUUCACUCUGCCAGUGGACUACAACAGCCAGCCAGUGUGUAUGUGUGUGUGGAGGUGGAUGGCUUUGAGUUCUAUGAGAGCCAGGUCCAGACCCACUCCUCUGUCAGCAGCCUCAGCCCUCACUGGGACCAGGAGUUCUCCUUCCAGGUGGAUGGGGCUCAGAACCUCAGGGUGCUGUGUGUGUUGCAGCCAGAGGAAGGAGAGAGCUGUGAGGACCGAGUCCUUUGCAAGACCUCUAUACAGCUGGACCCAGGCUUCCUACAGAAGCGAUGGAGGAGACAGACUCUCUCUCUAGGCCAGGUGGAGGUGACUAUGUCUCUAAAGUACUGCCCUCACCCUCUAGACCCGCCCUGUCUGACCCCUGCCCAGCAACAGUCCAUCUUCUGCAUGCCCAUUGGAGCUGUGGCACAACAAGAGGGUGUCCUGGUGCCACAUGUGGUGCGUUGCUGUGUGGAGGAGGUGGAGCGGAGAGGACUGGAGGAGGUGGGCAUCUAUAGGCUAUCAGCAGCAACCAGUGACAUCACCAACCUCAAGACUGCUUUCAACACCAGUCUGCGUGAGGCAGUGUCCAGGUUGAGGUGUGUAGAUGUGAAUGCUGUCUCAGGUAUACUGAAGCUCUACUUCAGAGAACUCCCUGAACCUCUCAUACCAACAGAACUGUUCCAGAGCUUCACCAAGGCGUUGGACAUUCCAGACCUGAGCUCCAGGAGUGUGACCAUGUUGUCUCUGCUCCAGUCCUGUCCCUCCGUCAACCAAAACACCUUCCUGUUCCUCCUCCACCACCUCAAAAGAGUGUCAGACAGACAGCAUGUGAACAAGAUGCCUCUGAUGAACCUGGCCACUGUGUUUGGUCCCAGUCUACUGCGCCCCCCUGUGGCUGUUCUGGGACAGUGCAGCCCGACAGUGGACAUCUCUCAGGAGGUGGAAGUGCAGGUCCAGGUUGUGUAUUUCUAUCUGCAGUGUGACAACCUGCCUGAAGCCCAGACAUGCAUAUCACAUGACACAGAGACCACUGAGGAAGAUGAGACCACCAACAUAUGAACCUUAAACUCCUGGAAACAUCACUGUUGGCCAACAGAGACUCAGGAAAAAGAGAGAGAGGGGACAUGUAAUCUAUAGACAUUGUAAAGAUAAAUAAAUAUAUUUAUUUGUAAAGCUUU